AUGGCAUAUCAAUGUUCUGGCAGCAUCAUCAUCCACCCCAUCAGUGCUAAGCUUGAAAGAGAUCUCGAGGCACUAACAACAAUGGAUCCUUACGUUGUAGUCAAAAUUGGUAAUCAAGAGAUAAAGUCUUGCAUUUGUGUUGAUGGAGGAAGAGCACCUCAUUGGGACGAUCAAUUGAAUUUUAUCAUAAGUGGAGAAGACACAGCUUAUAUCGGCGUGUGGGAUAGAAGAAGUCUUAGAUCAGACCAAGAGGUUGGGAGUCUCGUCUUCCCUCUAUUUAAAUUAUUUGAAAACAGACACUAUGAAGACUGGAUUGAGCUUCUCCAUAAUGGCCAAAGAGCUGGACUUUUGAGACUUCACAUGGAAUUUAGACCUACAACAUCGGCUGGACAGGCUGCAUCAACUGGAAUCUCAUCAGGCCAAACUGCACAAACUGGGUAUCAAACUGGGUACCAGACAGGAGAAUUUGCAGGGUCUUCAUUGCAGCAGCCAGGAGUGACAACAGGGACAUCUUUGCAACAGCCAGGAUUGACAGCAGGAACUUUUGGGGGUCUAGAAGAAAAGCAGCAAGGGUACUCGGAAUUUGUGUCAACGAAAACUGUAGGAAGCACCACAGAAGUUAUUUCAGGAGUAUCAGAACCAGGAUACACUGAAGUUGGCUAUGCUAAAAUCUCAGAAGCGACUCAACCAGGGAGUUUUGGAGAAAAAAAGGAAGAAAAAGGAGAAAUUAAAGGUAAAAACUACGAAACCACUGAGCAGCAACGUUCAGCAAGCGCUCCUCAAUAG